AUGGGAUAUCCGACCACGAUAUGCGUACCAUGCAGAUCAAAGGUAGAGAGUUUCUAUAAGUUUCGCGAACAGUGUAUUCAAAACGAUGAAUAUCUACGAUCGACCUUCCUUGAGCCAGAAGUUGUGAUUAAAACUGAACCAGAUUUUUUUCUUGGUACUCCCGGUGAUGAGGAAGAUGAUGAUGAUGAUGAUAUCAAUGAAGCUGAUAUUGAAGAAUGGGAUGAAUCGGAAUCAAACGACGUUUCCGAAGAAAUGCAAAUUGACACAAGUUCCAAUGGGAUGGAGUUCCCUGUGCAAACGUGUCUAUCAUCGAACAAUGGAAUUGAUUUCAGUCGUCAUGCAAGUUUAGUUCCUCUAUUUAAAUGUGAAUUUUGUUCGUCUGAGUUUUCCAUUCUGGAGCAUCUGGAGAAACACAUUACUAGUCAUAAAGAAGAGAAAAUAUUCAAAUGUUUUUAUUGCCCAAAAACAUUUCACUUUGCGAAAAAUUUAAACAUGCAUGUGGAAUACAUUCAUUCGAAGGUAAAAUUUUCCCAAAGAACGGCAAACAAAGCUUCGGAAAACUCACCUAACCAACGAGAUCGACAUGAAACCAGUCUACUGGCCAGUCCAAGUGGAGUCAAUAUCAAUAACAACAUCGUUAGCAGCCCAAAUGAAAAGCCAAUUGAUAUUCAUUCUCCAGUGAAUGUGAAUCGUGGUCCACCUGUUCGAGUCAGUCACGAGUGCCAUGUAUGCCACAAAUCUUUCAGUGAUCUCCGCCAACAUAUGCUGCUGCACGACGGCGAAAAGCCAUACAAAUGUGAUAUAUGUUCCAAAGCGUUUUUCAACGCAUCGACGCUCAAGACUCACUAUCGAGUGCAUAGCGAUGAGAAUCCGUUCCGCUGUACCACUUGCACCAAAGUCUUCGAUAAUGCUCGCAGCCUGGAACUUCACUAUCGUACGCACACUGGUAAGGCCCUGAUAUGUUUGAAACAAAACGAUAUGUAG